CCCCACUCCCACCAAGUAUAAAAGGAGCACUACUGGUUAACCCUAUAUAUAUAUAUAUAUGUGAGCAACUGUAAGCAUAACCGCCAUUUCUCUUCCACAAGCCUGAAAUCAAGACUAGUUCUUGUUUAUUUCUUCUUAAAUUUCGACACGAUUUUCUGUUUUUUUCUGACUUCAAAUACACGUUAAUAUAGGACCUAUAAUUUCGCGGCCUUGAAAAAGCUGCGAUUUUUAGCCUCCCUCCACCUAUAUAAGCACCUCAUUCGCAAGGCAAACCCUACUCGCCCAAGAAACAACCUUAAUCUCAACGUACGUGCGUGUUUGGGUGGGAUACUGUUGUUGUUGUUAUUAUUAUGUAUAUAGAAGUAGGAGGAGGAGGAGGAGGAGGAGGAAUGGUGGCGGAGGGUGGCGUGGUGGCGGCGGUAGUGGUGGUGAGGGAAUACGAUGCGGAGAAGGAUCGGCGGGCGGUGGAGGAAGUGGAGAAUAGGUGCGAAGUUGGGCCCAGUGGGAAACUCUCCCUGUACACCGACCUGUUAGGGGACCCCAUUUGCCGGGUCCGCCAUUCCCCUGCUUAUCUCAUGCUGGUGGCGGAGCUGCUGGUGGUGGGCGGCGGAGAGGAUAAGGAGAGGAGAGAAAUCGUGGGGAUGAUAAGGGGUUGUAUCAAGACCGUUACGUGCGGGACUAAGCUCUCCAGAUAUGGCAAAAACUGCUCCACAAAACCACCUGAACCUCUCCCUGUUUACACCAAACUCGCCUAUAUUUUGGGCCUCCGCGUUUCUCCCUCUCAUCGGAGGAUGGGAAUUGGGCUGAAGCUAGUGCGCAGAAUGGAGCAGUGGUUCGGUGAGAAUGGUGCUGAAUAUUCGUAUAUGGCGACAGAGACUGACAAUCAGGCGUCCGUCAAGCUCUUCACUCAGAAAUGCGACUACUGCAAGUUCCGUACGCCGGCCAUUCUUGUCCAGCCCGUUUUCGCUCACCGUGUCAGGAUCGACAAGCGGGUCACGAUUAUUAAGCUCAGUCCCGCCGACGCCGAGGUACUGUACCGCCGUCGCUUCUCCACCACCGAGUUCUUCCCCCGCGACAUUGACGCGGUUCUGAACAAUAAGCUCAGUCUGGGCACGUUCCUUGCCGUGCCGAAGGGAUCGUACUGGCCAGAGUCUUGGCCGGGGGCCGCGGAGUUCCUGGUGGCUCCGCCGGAGACGUGGGCGGUUCUUAGUGUUUGGAACUGUAUGGAUGUUUUCAGGCUGGAGGUACGGGGCGCAUCGCGGGUGAGGAGAGCGGUGGCGAAGACGACGCGCGUGGUGGACCGGGCCUUGCCGUGGCUGCAUCUGCCGUCGAUACCCGAAGUUUUCAGGCCGUUUGGGUUUCAUUUCUUGUAUGGGCUUGGAGGGGAAGGCCCAAACGCGGCGAAGUUUAUGAGGGCCCUAUGUGGGCUGGCCCAUAACUUGGCCCAAGAGCAUGGCUGCGGAGUGGUGGCCACGGAGGUGGCAAGCCGCGAACCGCUCAGGUUAGGAAUACCCCACUGGAAGAGCCUAUCGUGCGCCGAGGAUCUAUGGUGCAUCAAGCGGUUGGGGGAAAACUACAGUGACAGGUCUGUCGGUGACUGGACGAAGUCUCCACCUGGUCUAUCCAUUUUUGUUGAUCCCAGAGAGUUCUAACAUGUAGUUAGGGUAGAAAGAGAAUCGAAUUUAGCAAAAGACAGGGUCCCUUUUUGCAAUUUUCUCAAGGUUUUGUUUGUUUGGGAUUAAUCAUGUUUCCAGAGCGUUAUGAGGUGGGGGGAAUCGUGAGAAGAUAUGGAUGGGGUUUUGUUGUUUAGUUGUUAUUGUUGUAAAGGGAAUACAUCUCCUUUUUCAAGAUCCU